AGGAGAAACGAUCUUAAUUUUGAAAGACUAGAAGCCCAACUUAAGGCAUGCCACUGCAGGAUCGUAUUUUCCAAGGCAAAGCCUUCUGUGUUGGCAUUGUCCAUCAUUGCUUUGGAGGUCCAAGCACUAAAGUAUGUAGAAUUAACAGAGGGAAUUGAAUGUAUUCAGAAACAUUCCAAGAUAAAUGGCCGAGAUUUGACCUUCUGGCAAGAGCUUGUAUCCAAAUGUUUAACUGAAUAUUCAUCAAACAAGUGUUCCAAACCAAAUGUUCAGAAGCUGAAAUGGAUUGUGUCUGGACGCACGGCUCGGCAACUGAAGCAUAGUUAUUACAGAAUAACUCACCUCCCAACAAUUCCUGAGACGGCUUCAUAGGUGGUAAAUCUGGCUGCUUUCCAGGUCUACACCUGAAGAACUGAAAUACUGUCUUCAAUAAUAAACAAUAUGGGAUUAAAAUAGUAAAGGGCAGAA